GCGUCCUUGUGCGCUGGUGUUUGGUCCCCCCGUGGCCCCCGAAAAGCCGCGCACCAAGGGUAACUCUUACACAGGGUCACUCCUGCGUGUAGCCGAAAGGUGCGGGACCGCGCGCGAAUCCCGCUGUUUGCGGCAAUGGUUGCGUUUGCCGAGCCACUCGGCGUGCCCCUCGACGGCAUCGCCUUCGGCGCCGCAGAGGCCGCCCUGUGGUGGGCGACGCGCACGCAGUCGAAGCCUGGCCUCGAGACGUGCGGCGGCGGCUCCGAGUGCUGGACGCUGAUCUCUACGCCAGGUUUUGCGGUCGACGAGAUCGAGAGCGAGCCGAUGCAAGAUGCUGCCACCGGCGCCUUCAAGCCACAGGACAACGAGUACCUCAACUCGGGCCCCGCGCCCGCACUGGUGCGGGAGUUCACGAAGCAGGUCGACCAUUUGCGCUCUUCUCGUGGCCCGAAUUUCGAGCUGUAAUGCUAUAGGUGGGGAACGUGUGGUCUUCCAGACUUCGAAGGCUUCAUCUCGAGUUGGCCUGCAUUGGCCUUCCAAGUCGUCGAGGCCUGGAAUGCCAUCUGCCCACCUCUAGCAGUGGUAGUGGGAAAUCGGGCCACGAUCUUCCCCAGGGUCGCGGAUUCCCGACAUCGUUUAUCGGGCGGCCUUCGGCCCAUCACGCCCCAGAGCCCCAGAAACCAGG